AUGCUGGCAGCUAAAAUUAUUCCCCGUCCCUCAAUCACUCAAACCCUAGCAUUCCCAAACCCUAGCAUCAAAACCUCGCAAAAACCCUCAAUUCUGUCCACUUCAUGCCUCAAAUCAUCCUCCCAGUCUGUCCUCACAGAAUCCCUAUCAACAACCCCUGCCAAUGCCCGCGUCAAAAUCCUCUCCGAAGCCCUGCCGUUCAUCCAGAAGUUCCGUGGGAAGACGGUGGUGGUGAAGUAUGGAGGGGCUGCGAUGAAAUCCGAAGCGCUUCAGAGGUCCGUGAUCACUGACCUCGUCCUCCUCUCCUGCAUCGGACUCCGCAUCGUGUUUGUCCAUGGCGGAGGACCUGAAAUCAAUCAAUGGCUCAAUCGAUUGGGCAUUAAGCCUAAUUUCCUCAACGGUCUACGUGUGACAGACGAAUCGACUAUGGAGAUUGUGUCGAUGGUUUUGGUUGGAAAGGUUAAUAAGAAUUUGGUUGCUUUGAUUAACAAAGCCGGUGCGACAGCUGUGGGAUUGUGCGGAACAGAUGGGAGGAUUUUCACUGCUAGUCCUUCUCCGAAUGCUGCUCAGUUAGGUUUCGUUGGAGAAAUUGCCAGCGUCGACACUUCAGUGCUACGUCCCUUGAUUAAUGACAACCUGAUUCCGGUGAUUGCUUCAGUGGCUGCAGAUGGGACAGGCCAGUCUUAUAAUAUAAAUGCUGAUACGGCGGCAGGGGAGCUGGCAGCAGCUUUGGGGGCUGAGAAGUUGCUUUUGUUGACUGAUGUAGCUGGGAUUCUUGAAAAUAAAGAUGAUCCUGAGAGUUUAGUGAAGGAAAUAGAUGUGAGAGGAGUGAAGAAGAUGAUGGAGGAUGGGAAGAUUGCUGGUGGUAUGAUCCCAAAAGUGAAUUGCUGUAUAAAGUCACUGGCUCAAGGUGUUAAAACAGCAAGUAUUAUUGAUGGGCGACUGGAACACUCUUUGCUGUUGGAGGUUCUCAGUGAUGAAGGGGCUGGAACUAUGAUUACGGGAUGCUCGUAG